AUGGAUCGUGCUUUAACUUCCCGUUUUGAAAUUCCGUCUACUCUCUCUCCCUUCCGGCGCCGCCGUAGAAGUUCUCUGGCCAUCACUCGACGAUUCCCGCCGGCGAUUGUGUUCGCGAAACGACCUCCGAUCGAUGGAGUGAGCGAAGAGCUGAAUCUGAUCGCCUCACAGGUCUUAGAUCAAGCUCCCGCACGAAGACGAGUCCGUUCGGCUUUUGCUGACUUGCAGCAGCAGCUCGAUCACUGCUUGUUCAAGAAAGCUCCGAUUGGGAUCAGAACAGAGGAGUGGUAUGAGAGAAAUUCAAAAGGGGAGGAGAUUUUCUGUAAGAGUUGGUUGCCGGAAGCCGGCGUCGGAAUCAAAGCUGCGGUGUGUUUCUGCCAUGGCUAUGGAAGCACUUGCACUUUCUUCUUCGAUGGCAUAGCAAGGCAAAUAGCAGGUUUUGGUUAUGGCGUUUAUGCUAUAGACCAUCCUGGUUUUGGCCUCUCUGAUGGUUUACAUGGUCACAUCCCAAGUUUUGAUGACUUAGCUGAAAAUGCUAUUGAACAGUUCACCAAAAUGAAAGGGAGACCUGAACUGAGAAAUUUGCCUCGGUUCCUGUUCGGGCAGUCAAUGGGAGGAGCUAUUGCCUUGAAAAUUCAUUUGAAAGAACCUCAAGCUUGGGAUGGUCUUAUCCUUGUGGCUCCAAUGUGUAAGAUUUCAGAAGAUGUGAAACCUCCUAAGCUAGUCUUGAAUGCGUUAAUCUUGAUGUCAACACUAUUUCCAAAAGCAAAGCUCUUUCCAAAGAAAGACUUGAGCGAGCUGUUCAUCAGAGACCCGAGCAAAAGAAAACUGGGAAACUAUGAUGUGAUUAGCUACGAUGACCAGACGCGUCUGAAAACUGCUGUUGAGCUUCUAAAUGCGACUAGAGACAUUGAGAUGCAUAUUGAUAAGGUCUCAUUGCCAUUGUUGAUACUACAUGGAGCUGCAGAUAAAGUAACAGAUCCCACUGUUAGCAAGUUCCUUCACGAACAAUCAAUCAGCCAAGACAAAACUCUAAAACUCUAUCCUGGUGGCUACCAUUGCAUUCUGGAAGGUGAAACAGACGAAGACAUUUUCACCGUAAUCAACGACAUUGUUGCUUGGCUCGAUGCUCGCACCACCACUCCCAAGUAA